AGAUCAUGCAUGAUGUGAUAAAGAAGGUAAAGAAGAAGGGGGAGUGGAAGGUGCUGGUGGUUGAUCAGCUGAGCAUGAGGAUGCUGUCCUCGUGCUGUAAGAUGACGGACAUCAUGACCGAGGGGAUAACAAUCGUGGAAGACAUCAACAAGCGCAGAGAGCCGCUGCCCAGCCUGGAGGCUGUGUAUCUCAUCACUCCGUCUGAGAAGUCUGUCCACUCUCUCAUCAGUGACUUUAAGGACCCACCGACCGCUAAGUACCGGGCUGCGCAUGUCUUCUUCACUGACUCUUGUCCAGAUGCGCUGUUUAAUGAGCUGGUGAAAUCGCGAGCAGCCAAAGUCAUCAAGACCCUGACAGAGAUCAACAUUGCAUUUCUCCCCUACGAGUCCCAGGUGUAUUCCUUGGACUCUGCGGACUCUUUCCAGAGCUUCUACAGUCCCCACAAGGCUCAGAUGAAGAACCCUAUCCUGGAGCGCCUGGCAGAGCAGAUUGCAACGCUGUGUGCCACCCUGAAGGAGUACCCGGCCGUGCGGUAUCGGGGGGAAUACAAGGACAAUGCUUUGCUGGCUCAGCUCAUCCAGGACAAGCUCGACGCCUACAAAGCUGACGACCCAACCAUGGGCGAGGGCCCAGACAAGGCGCGCUCCCAGCUCCUGAUCCUGGACCGCGGCUUUGACCCCAGCUCCCCCGUGCUUCAUGAACUGACCUUUCAGGCUAUGAGUUACGACCUGCUGCCCAUUGAAAAUGAUGUAUACAAGUACGAGACGAGCGGCAUCGGCGAGGCGCGGGUGAAGGAGGUGCUCCUGGACGAGGACGAUGACCUGUGGAUAGCGCUGCGCCACAAGCACAUCGCGGAGGUGUCCCAGGAAGUCACCCGUUCUCUGAAAGACUUUUCUUCCAGCAAGAGAAUGAAUACCGGAGAGAAGACCACCAUGCGGGACCUGUCCCAGAUGCUGAAGAAAAUGCCCCAGUACCAGAAAGAGCUCAGCAAGUAUUCAACCCACCUGCACCUGGCGGAGGACUGCAUGAAGCAUUACCAAGGCACCGUGGAUAAACUCUGCCGAGUGGAGCAGGACCUGGCCAUGGGCACGGAUGCUGAAGGGGAGAAGAUCAAGGACCCCAUGAGAGCCAUCGUCCCCAUCCUGCUGGAUGCAAAUGUCAGCACCUAUGACAAAAUCCGCAUCAUCCUUCUCUACAUCUUUCUGAAGAAUGGCAUCACCGAGGAGAACCUGAAUAAACUGAUCCAGCACGCCCAGAUCCCCCCGGAGGACAGCGAGAUCAUCACCAACAUGGCGCACCUGGGGGUGCCCAUCGUCACCGACUCCACACUGCGCCGCCGGAGCAAGCCAGAGCGGAAGGAGCGCAUCAGUGAGCAGACCUACCAGCUGUCACGGUGGACUCCCAUCAUUAAAGACAUCAUGGAGGACACUAUUGAAGACAAACUUGAUACCAAGCACUACCCGUAUAUCUCUACCCGCUCCUCGGCCUCCUUUAGCACCACCGCGGUCAGCGCCCGCUACGGGCACUGGCAUAAGAAUAAGGCCCCAGGGGAGUACCGCAGUGGGCCCCGCCUCAUCAUUUUCAUCCUUGGGGGCGUGAGCCUCAACGAGAUGCGUUGUGCUUAUGAGGUGACCCAGGCCAACGGAAAGUGGGAAGUGCUAAUAGGAUCCACGCACAUUCUCACCCCACAGAAACUGCUGGACACGCUGAAGAAACUGAAUAAAACAGAUGAAGAAAUAAGCAGUUAAAAAAAUAAGCCACCCUUCCAAAAACACGAACCCUGUUCCCACAGUGCUCCGCAGCCCGCCUUGGUUACUUUGCUGACCCUGCCCCACUCCGCCGCCCCCAGCUCUGCACGCCCUGGACGGCACUGUCGCCGCUGCGUUCUCGUGUUUAAUGAUGCCCUCUUCCUGUGUGAAACAAAAGAAAACAAUGCAUUGUGUUUUUUAAAAAGAGUAUCCUCUCUGUGUGUCCUAAGGGGAGAAGUUUCCGUGUAAGGGACGCACUGCUGGAGAAGUUGUGGAACUGUCUAGAAUGAGUGGACACCUUCUCCCCGUUACUAUGAUUCCCUGACCUUGUACAUAGCCCAGUGUGACAUGCGCAGAUUGCUUGAGUAUGGGAAGGUAGACGUUUGGGUGUUCUAAAAAAAAAUUUUUGGGUCUUUCCUGUUCUUUUUGGGAAUCCCAGAGAUGUCUGCUCCUGGAGUAUUUCAAACUGAGGAUCAAUCUGUUGUCUUCACUCGUUCUUACCCCCUCAGCCAGAUAAGCUUGGCGGUGAAGAUCAGGUGACAACUUGUGAGGUCCGAGCCUGGAGUGGCCUCCCCCCCUUCCCCGUGGCUCAUCCUCCCCGGGGGCUGUAGGAGGGGCCGGAGGUCCUUGAAUCAGGCUGGGUGCUGGCUGGCGUGCGCCCGUGUCCACAGCGCUGUGAUCCCAAGGGUAGUCGUCUUGCAGCCUGAGUCACGGGGCCCAGUAAGCGAGGAGCGAGCUCUCACCAGGACCUUUGUCUCUUGGAGAAGCAGUUAGGCUGGGUUUUGGGGCAAGACCUUUCCUUCCCUGGGCACCGCCACCCCGACGGAACUCCUGUUUCUCAGUGAGGUCAGUGUGGACGGUGCUUGAGGGUCGGGAACAGACUAGGAGGGGAUGGGUUCCACACGGUCCCAGGCAGAGGGCCCUUUCUGCAGAGAAGGGCCUGCAGCCCUAAGUCUUCACAUCGCCAGGAGGACAGCGUGUAGGAUUUAUGAGGACCCUGUGCAUUAUCCUCAGUUUAAGGUACUUCAUGAUACUUUACUUUGUGUGGGGUCAUUUGUUGUCGUGCUUGUAGGAGAAAAUGAUCAUUUUAUUCUCUGUACAAAACUUAGCUCUAAAGCAAAACUGAAAGAAACAAAUGCAGAAAGGGUGUCUCGUCACCCUCCAGACUCAGCAGCAACUCCGUUGUCCGGCGGUGAGUGUGCCCCGGGUGCUGCUGCGGUCGUGAAAUACAAUGACAGUGGAAGUCACAAAAAUGUCCCCUGCCCAGCUGCCCGCUGCCCUUUUACCCCUGCAGACCGUGUGCAUAUUCCUGUCUCGUGAUGUCCUUGCAGACGUGCUGAGUGCUAGUUCCGCGGCCACCCGCUUUGCUUUCAGAGCGCCCUCCUCACCCUCCCCGUUGGAUGCUUUGUGGUGUUUCUCAAGGCUUUGAAAUCCCCCCUGCUCACUCGCAUUAGUUUUCCGGCCUCUUCUGUCUCCCUUCUCCCCCUUAGGUAUCUUGUUUCCUUAGGACAGAACCGUAGGUGCUCGCACUGGUUCGUCUCCUGCUGUCCCUGCUUGUUCUGUCCCCUCCCCUUGACCAGACAGGGCCCACAGUUCAGGGCCUUGUCUGUCAGUCAUGUUGGGUUUCCUUUCUCUGUUAUUUAUAUAAAAAUAAUUUAUCAAAAGAGUAUUUUAAAAAAGCUAGUCUGUCUUGAAACUUGUUUACCUUGAAAUUAUCAGAAUCUCAGUGUUGGAAAGUAUUGAAGCACAAACAUGUAUCAUCUCUGUACCGUUCUGUACUAAAGCACUCGAGUCUAAUAAAUAAAUCAAUCCGCACCCAUUCAUGGCA